AUGAAGUGGGAUCCAACUAGAGGCGUUCGACCCCCAAAAGCUCUUGCCGAAGCGGAUCUCAUCGACGAGGAUCAUGAAGAAGAAGAAAAUGUGAUUGAUGCUGCGAUGUCUGCGAAGAUACUCAAAAUAGCGGAAGAUCAACAAAAUGAGUUCGAUGGAAUUCAAAUGGAGGAAGGGGCGGGGGAUCCAAUGGUCGACUCGAAUGGAUACGCAAUGAUCCAAAGUGAAUGGGCAGAUAUUGAAGUCGAGAAUGAGGAAAUGAAUCAAUUUAUAAGAAAGAAUGGAAUUGCUGCGAGUGAAAGGAUUGAGGAAUCGAGAACAUUAGCAGAUUUGAUUUUGUCAAAAAUUCGUGAAAAGGAAGAGAAGAAAGCAUCAGCGGGAAAUGUGGCCAGCGAGGUCUGUUCUAUCUCCUCUCCAAAAGUUGUAGAAGUUUAUACCGCAAUUGGCCAAUUUUUAGCAAAAUAUAGAAGCGGAAAAUUACCAAAAGCUUUCAAAAUUAUUCCUCGGUUGGAAAAUUGGGAGGAGGUACUCUAUUUGACGGAACCCACUAAAUGGACUCCAAAUGCGAUGCAUGAAGCCUCAAAAAUUUUUGCAUCUAAUUUGAAUCCACGCAUGGCGCAACGCUUUUAUAACUUAGUUUUACUUCCAGCAGUGAGAGAAGACAUUUCAACGAAUAAAAAGUUGAAUUUUCAUUACUAUGAAGCCUUGAAGAAGGCUUUAUUUAAACCAGCUGCAUGGUUUAAAGGAAUUUUGUUGCCUUUGCUGCUAGAUCAAUGCACAUUAAGAGAAGCUGUCAUAUUUGGAAGUAUUCUAUCGAAAGUUACAAUUCCUCCCCUCCAUAUUGCAGCCUCAUUGAUCCGCAUUUGCAAUCUUCAUCAUGGAGAUCCACAGCAAUGGUCCGUUUCAACCAGCUAUAUUAUGUGCAUCAUGCUGAAUAAGAAGUGUUCACUCCCAAUCACUGCUGUUACCGCUUGCGUUGAUCACUUCUCGUCAUUCGCGAACCACUCGGCUGAGCUCCCCGUUGUUUGGCAUCGUGCACUUCUCACUUUGGUUCAGCGCUAUAAAUAUGACUUCUCACAACAACAUCGGAGCGCCAUUUCUGCAAUUUUGAAAGUGCAUUUUCAUAAGGGCAUCGGACCAGAAAUACGACAGGAACUACAACACGCUGCAACCGCCAAGUGGACGUCGACUGACGCGAUGCAUGACUGA